AUACUACGCAUUAUGCAUGGUAAAUAGCAAAUACUAUAUAUAACAUACAGUUGUAGUUGUAGGCUUGUAGCCUCGAGAUAUAAAAUAGCUGGUGUGACAAGGGGUACAGAAGUAUACCAUUAAAAAAAGAAGCCUUCUCCUACAGGAUGUCAGUACACAGUAACAUGCCGUAGCCCAGGGACACCAUUCGUUUGCAUGCAUCACAUGGCCAACCUAAGCAGCGCAAAGGACAGGGUUCCAACUAAUCAUUCAUGCCCAUAUCAUUUGCUUGCUUAAUCUUUCUCAUCUCAUGUGUCUUGCCCCCUUGCAUCAAUAAUCAACACUGCAUCUAGCUAGUGUGAUGACACAGCUUCUAUCUAAUCCUUUCACUUAAACUGCUAAACAAAUAGGCAACUUGGUUGAGGAGAUCUAAAAUGCUGCUGGCCUUGUAGUAGUAGUGUUCGACUUUGACCGCAACUGCACGCACCUAAUCAAGAUUCUUAUACUUGUUACAACCAGAACAUCCAUUGUGAUAUUAUUCUAUCUCCACAUGUGAUGUUUAACUAAGGCAAAUUCCAGCUUAGCUUGUUGGCGUUGCCCACCAUGUUGCUACAAUCAUAUGAUAGAUGAUACCGAUUCAUCUCUUGGGAUCCCCAUGUCUGAUAUGAUCCUGAGCGUUGGUUAAUCCCCACUAGUUUGAUCUCAACCGUUGAUUGCCUAACCAAACGACCUGCCUAUGCUUGUAACAAAUCCUUAUAAAGACUGCCCAUACGCAGGGGAUGUAAUGAAAGUGAGGUGUCUGGGGUUGCAGCAACAAGCCUCUGCCCUGAGGUGGCAUUAGGAUGGGGCACAUUGCUGAGCCUACCGGCACUGUGGUGAUUGGCUGCAAAGUGCUGCCGAUCUUCAACGAGCAUGGCAUUGUUGACAGUGCAAUGAAGAAGAUGGUGCAUAGGAUUGACGGCAAGAAGGCAGUUGCGCGGGUUAAGGAGCUUCUGAAACGGGCUGCCCAGGCCAGGCCUCACAGCGCCACUGUCAGUGGAAAGAAAUGGAAGAAGGUUCUGAGCUUCCACGCAAGGGACAGCGCUGCAGCCACAACAGCCUCCAAGGGAGCGCGGCAACAGCAACAGAAGCAGCAGCAGCAGGUGGCUAGCGACGAGAUAAGCUGCAGCUCGGGCAAGCUGAGCUUCAAGUGGGACGUGGGCAGCUGCUCCUCGUCAUCGUCAGUUGCGUAUUCGCCGCUGUCGUUGAUGUCAGCGCCGGCAAAGGCCUCGGAGCAGACACUGCUGACGCCGUUGAGGAAAGACUACUGCAUGUCAAGGCUGUCGUCCAUGAGCCAGCAGAGUAUGUUGUACGGCGGCAGCAGCCCAAAGAGCUUGAAGAACAUGGAAGCAGAGGAAGAGGAGGCGGCCUGCAGCUGCAGGACGGCGCAGUGGAUCACCACCGAUUCAGACUUUGUUGUGUUGGAGCUGUAAGAUAAUGCUCAUCAAGACUAUCAAUUAAGCAAUAUGUGAGCAGAGACGGCAGAUGCAACACAUUUGGUUGCUUAGUUCAGCAGCAGCAAGCAUCUGGCUUUUCUGCUGUCCUGAUUCUGAAGAAGGAAGGAUGGAUGGAUAUGGAUUGAUUCAACGGCGGGCAGUGCAGUGCUGAAUCCUUUGGUUUUGCUGCUCCAUUUCCCAACGUGGCGUCUAGUACUAGUACUCAGCUAAUCUAAUGAAUAUAUAGUUACCUUGCCAAUUAAUUGAGGAAUUAAUUGCAACAUAAUAACCCGGCCGGCUCUAUCCUGUUCAUUCUGACUGACGGAUACCACCUUGGUUCUGUAUGUACGUAUGUCCUUGGUACCACCUUGGUUCUGUAUUUCCAGGGACGACGAAAUCGAAAUUGAUGAGAUGGUUGGUUUGGUUGGGGGCGUGUGACUGUAUGCCUUGCUCA